AUCAGCACCUUUUUCCUUCCAACGCAUUUCAAAAUUUUAAGCCGUUGCACCAAAUCCCAUCAACAAAAUCUCAACCCUCCACCAUUCUUUCUUUCCAUUCAAUCUCACCUCCUCAAAGAAACCCUUCAAAAUUUCUCUCUCAAAUUUACAGUCCACAACUUCACUCUGCUCCAAUGGCGCUUAGAUCUCUCGAUAAUACAAUGCCCUUAACCCCUGAACGCCCUAAAAAGUCUAUUAAAGUUUCGAAUUCCAUUGCAAAACCUAACCCUAAACCUAAACAGCCUGUAGAUCCGAAUGUUAAUGACGAAAACAUAGCUCCUCUUGAUCCCGUUGCCCCUGCUGUUGAUUCUGUUGAUUACGUCUCCUCUGAAGAUCUAAAACCCCUUUCUGACCCCGAUGUCAAGUUCCAGGGCCUAAUUGAAGGACUCGAGUCCAAGGAUUGGCUGAAGAUUUGUGAUUCGUUAAAUGAUGUUAGGCGGAUGGCAUUGUUUCACUCCACUUUGUUGCUCCCGAUCUUGGAAAAGGUUUUGUUGAUUUUAGUGAAGGCAAUGAAGAAUCCAAGAAGCGCUUUGUGCAAAACUUCAAUCAUGGCUGCUUCUGAUCUUUUCAAAUCAUAUGGCGAUAAGUUGCUUGAGUCCACAACCUGUGAUGCUGUUGACCAUAUGAUGCUGCAGCUUCUGUUAAAAGCUUCACAGGAUAAAAAGUUUGUGUGUGAAGAAGCAGAGAGAACACUGAAAACAAUGGUGGCUUUUAUAGCUCCAAUCCCUCUCCUCCACAAGCUCAAAGGCUAUGUCAGCCAUGGAAACAUGAGAGUCAGGGCAAAAGCUGCAGUUUCAAUCUCUCAUUGUGUCUCAAAGAUGGAUGUUGGAGAGAUGAGGGAUUAUGGGGUUGUGUUGUUGGUGCAAAUGGCGGCUGAGUUGUUGAAAGACAGGCUUCCGGAAGCAAGAGAGGCGGCUAGAGGUGUGGUGGUGGUGAUUCAUAAGGUGGUUAUGGAGGAGGAAGGGAGUGAAGAAGAAGAAGAAAAGGAAAAGGAAAAAUGGCAAAACUUUUGCCAAGAGAAUUUGUCUGCUAUUGAUGCAUUGGCUAUGGUUAAACUUGUUGCAUCUCAAUAGAUUUUUUUUUUUUUUUUUUUGUAUGUGUGGU